UAAGCGUGGGACCAUCUGCCUAGUGCAGCUCAAAUAUUUCAGCAGUGGGAGAGCAGUUCUGACUUCAGAGACUCGUCUGCAGCAAUCCUGGGAGAUGCUGGGACUGGGGACCUGGCAGGCUGGCCGAGUAUGGAUGCCACAGGAUUCAAAGGAGCCAUUCCCUUGCUGUCACCUCUGACCCUUCCCGAGCAAAGGACACCAGGGAGUCCACGCUCCAGCGUGUGGAGUUGUUCAGAUGCUCUUAACAAGCACAAAAAUGACCUGAAGUGAUCCAGGGCAAGAACUCCUCAUGGACCAGUCAAAUAUGACAUCCCUCGCUGAAGAGAAAGCCAUGAAUACCUCCAGCAGAAAUGCCUCCCUGGGGAGCUCACACCCACCCAUUCCCAUAGUGCACUGGGUCAUCAUGAGCAUCUCCCCUCUGGGCUUUGUGGAGAAUGGGACCCUACUCUGGUUCCUCUGCUUCCGGAUGAGGAGAAAUCCCUUCACGGUCUACAUUACCCACUUGUCCAUUGCUGAUAUCUCUCUUCUGUUCUGUAUUUUUAUCCUGUCCAUUGACUAUGCUUUAGACUAUGAACUCUCUUCUGGCCAUCACUACACAAUCGUGACAUUAUCGGUGACUUUUCUAUUUGGCUACAACACGGGCCUCUAUCUGCUGACAGCCAUCAGUGUGGAGAGGUGCCUAUCGGUCCUCUACCCCAUAUGGUACAGAUGCCACCGCCCCAAGCACCAGUCGGCAUUCGUCUGUGCCCUUCUGUGGGCACUUUCGUGCUUGGUGACCACCAUGGAGUAUGUCAUGUGUAUUGACAGCGGAGAAGAGAGUCAUUCUCGGAGUGACUGCCGGGCGGUCAUCAUCUUCAUAGCCAUCCUCAGCUUCUUGGUCUUCACUCCGCUCAUGUUAGUGUCCAGCACCAUCUUGGUGGUGAAGAUACGGAAGAACACGUGGGCCUCCCAUUCUUCGAAGCUGUACAUUGUCAUCAUGGUCACCAUUAUCAUAUUCCUCAUCUUUGCCAUGCCCAUGCGGGUCCUCUACUUACUGUACUAUGAGUACUGGUCAGCCUUUGGGAACCUGCAUAACAUCUCCUUGCUUUUCUCCACCAUCAACAGCAGCGCCAACCCUUUCAUCUACUUUUUUGUGGGCAGCAGUAAGAAGAAGCGCUUCAGGGAGUCCUUAAAAGUCGUCCUGACCAGGGCUUUCAAAGAUGAAAUGCAACCCAGGCGCCAGGAGGGCAACGGCAACACUGUAUCCAUUGAGACUGUGGUCUGAGGAUAGCAGGGGAAAUUGUGGACAGAAACAGUGGAAUGCUGGGGGCUUUUAGCUUGUGCUUGGAAUGCAAUUUAAGUCCACUUAAAUCUCCUAACUAUGAUACAGAGGGAAGCAUUCUGCAUGCAUGGGGGUCAUGCACUGAUGGGUUUGUAUUGUUACCUAUACAUGUGAUACGAUGGGCUCUGUCUUUUCUAUCGUUAUCAAAGACUCAUUCUUCUCGUAGCUGUCUGGUAGUGAUCAACAGUGAACUAUAAAGACUGCUCUAGCAGGAAGUAUCCCAAAUGUGACCUGGAGAACCUGGGGAGGCCAUGUAAUGACUGCUGUGUGCUCCUAUGUGACCUCAGGCAAGUGGCUUGGGGGAGCUUGGUUUCCUCCACUUAGUGGAAGUAGUGACAAUCUGUAGCCCAGGUUAUUGUCUAGUCUGAUGAGGUAGGCAAGGCACCCAGCUCAUUGUCAAAGUUCAAUAAAUAUCCAUCUCUCCUCAUCCUUUAACUAGAACACAAAGUGCUUAUACAAAUAUUGCCUGGUGUUUAUAAAUGUUGAAUGUAGAUCCCCAAAGGUCUUUUGGCUUGUAGCAUGAAAGCUUUUUGUGGUCUAACACCUCCGCUGAGACAUCGGCAAUUGUUACAAUCAAGGCAGCCACAUAUUGGGACAUCAUUUGAA